UCUAGAGUGGUUUUUAAUGUAGUUAUAAGCUAGCAACGGGAGCAAAAUGGUGUUUUGUGAAGUGAAUUUCGAUGCUAAUCCAAAUGCUGUCUAUUACAGCGGUCAAACGUUGUCGGGUGUUAUAAAUAUUACCAAUGAAAAACCGAGAAAAUUAAAGGCAUUGACGCUACGAAUUGAAGGAUAUGCAAAAUGUAAAUGGACAGAAACCAAAGGUUCCGGCCGGCACAGGCGAACGGUUAUUUAUAGCGGAAGGGAAGAUUAUUUGAAUACGGUGAAAUAUUUGAUGGGAAAUUACAAUGGCGUUGAAACGGAACUUUCGGCCGGUUUCCAUCAGUUUAACUUUUCGUGCGUGCUACCGCUUAACUUACCAACGAGCUUCGAGUCAAAGUACGGACACAUUCGGUAUCAGAUCAAGGUGGAAUUCGAACGGCCGUGGAAGUUGGACUUAAAGUAUAGCUUCGGUUUUACAGUCAUAAAAGUGUACGAUCUCAACUACGACACUCCGGCAAUAAGAGCACCCCUGAAAGCCGAGACCACAAAGAGUUUCUACAUGGGACUGAGCUCCAAAGCAGUUUAUCUCUCAGCAGAAAUUCCAGCUCGUGGAUUUGUUGCUGGACAAUCAGUUCCGAUUACAAUCUCCACCAACAAUGAGUCAAACAUUGAUGUCAAGGAGAUAAAAGUUUCGUUGAAAAAGGUUAUUCACUACAACAGUCAGACGCCCAGAACGAAGACACGGGAACGAAUUGAGUCCACUUCUGAAAUACGACACUCGGGUGUGCUUAGAAAAAGCAAAGAGAAUACGGUGGUGAAUCUGUUCUUUCCGGCCGUUCCGCCCACCAACAUCACGUCAUGCUCAAUCAUUCAAGUCACCUAUAUAAUUCAAAUAGUGGCAAAGGUAGGAGGAAUGCAUUUCAGUCCUCUUGUUCGGCUGCCAGUAACCAUUGGGACUGUUCCACUACAAAAUCAAACACCCAUUCAACCAAUGCUUUCCAUUUUAAAUCCGACUGAUGGAGCCACGAGUCUCGCUCCUGCUCCGUCGGCUCCAUUUGCUGCACACAGUCAAGGUCAAGACUUACCACCGCCAUCAUACCAAGAGGCAAUGGGUAUGACAUCUACAGAUGGAGAUACCGAUGAAGGUUUAACGGAUGAGAAGCCAUUUAGUCCGUUGUAUCCGGUUUUAAAUUUUGGAUACGCAUACGCUCCAACGAAUUUGGGAAAUAACUUACCUGGAGGUGCAGCCCCACCACCAUAUAAUUUAGCAAAUCAUAAUAAUAACAAUGACUCUACAAGGAAGGAAAAGAUGUUAGAUUUAGUGCAUUAAGAUGGAGUCUCCAAUCACAGAUUUUUGUUGACAA